AUGGAUUUCGAAAAGAAUAAUGUUAAUGAAUAUCUAAAGCUUGCCGCUAGUGCUGAUAGACAGCAAUUGCAACGAAUAAAGGCUGUUUUUGAAAAGAAAAAUCAAAAGAGCGCACAUAAUAUUUCUCAGCUACAAAAAAAACUAGAUAAUUAUACCAAACGCGCGAAAGAUCUACAAAAUCAUCAGUAUCAAAAUAAAAGCCAACAUCGACAACCGCGUGAAGUACUUCGAGACGUGGGACAAGGAUUAAGAAAUGUGGGUGGCAAUAUACGCGAUGGUAUUACUGGUUUCUCAGGAUCUGUUAUGUCUAAGCCACGUGAAUUUGCGCAUUUAAUCAAAAAUAAAUUUGGCAGUGCGGACAAUAUCAAUCAAAUGUCGGAAACUGAAAUUAAUAACAUCAACAUGCCCGUAAAUUCUGAGGUAAUAGGUACUUCCACGCCAAAUAAUGCUGUUCCAGCCACAUCUACAGGUUCCGGUAAUACCGCCGGAAGUGGAAAAUUUAAUAGUGAAAAUGGCAGCGAAUGCAGUAGCGUAACAAGUGAGAGUAUACCAGCCGGCUCUGGAAAAAGUCAAUCAGGCGCUAGCCAAUACCACAUUGUUUUAAAAUCACUACUCACAGAAUUAGCUGAGCGGAAAGAUGAGAAUGAAAAACUGAAAGAACGUGUAGAACGUUUAGAAACCGCGCAAAAGGAUUUUAAUAAUUUAACCGCCACCCUUGAAUCGGUGCGUUACCGUUCAGAUGAUCUUGUGGAUCAGAUUAACGACUUGACAGAAUUACAUCAGAAUGAAAUUGAAAACCUCAAACAAACAAUAGCUGAUAUGGAAGAAAAAGUUCAAUAUCAAAGUGAUGAAAGACUUAGGGACGUAAAUGAGGUGCUUGAAAAUUGCCAAACAAGGAUAUCUAAAAUGGAACAUUUAUCUCAACAACAAUAUGUGACAGUAGAAGGAAUCGAUAAUUCUAACGCACGUGCGCUUGUGGUUAAACUUAUUAAUGUUGUGCUGACAAUUCUACAGGUUGUUCUGCUUUUAGUAGCAACUGCUGCCGGUAUAAUAAUGCCAUUUUUAAAAACCAGGGUGCGUGUUUUAACGACAUUCUUAACUAUUUUUAUUAUUAUUUUUGUGAUACGACAAUGGCCUGAUGUGCAAGAUAUUGGUGCUGGGCUAGUACGACAUUUGAAGGAGUCUUUGGUUGUUAAAUAGGAUAUGUAAAACUUUUUACACAAACACACAUCCAUCAUGCACAUAUAACAUAAUUCACAUAGCCACACAUCCAACAAAUAAACAUGCUCAUUAUUAGGCUUUAUUCGUUAUAAAAUAAAAAAUAUAUAAUUAAAUUAAAUUGCUUUAGCUAAAGAAAUUAAUAGUGCAAAAUAAAAACAAAAUUAUUAAGUGAUUUAUUUGUAAAUAAUUUUUGUACAAAUAUUGCACAGAAAAAAUUACCACAAUAAUGUAAUGGAAUUAGUAAAAUUUUACAUUCGAAAC